GGUAUAGCUUGUGUGCGCGCGAGAGUACCGGAGUGUUGUCAUAGACUCGUCAUUAUCCCAAACUCUCCCCACUCCUUUUUCUCUAUUUACCCCGCUGCCCAGAGCAUCCCACCGCCUCAAAUCGUCCCCGCCAUCUCUCUGCAAUGCUCGUCAUCAGUGCGUCGUCCCAAUUUUGAUUGUGCUUUUCGCCGGAGAAGACCGUUCAUCUUCUCCAAUUGUUCACGGUGGUUAUUUACUCCGCCGCAGUCAACGCCGGUCAAAUCGACUCGCUCUUUCUCCUCCGUCGUCGUUUCAUCCUCAAAUCCUAGAAUGGGAUCCCUCGGUGCCCUAGACCUACGUUUGAAGUACCCUAGCGUCCGCCGAGACGAGUCCGUCGUCGAUGACUACCACGGCGUCAAGGUUGCCGAUCCUUAUAGAUGGCUUGAAGAUCCUGAUUCGGAAGAGACGAAGGAAUUUGUACAGAAACAAGUGGAAUUGACGCAGUCGGUGCUGAAGGAAUGCGAUGAUGUCAGAGGGAAGCUAUCUGAUAAAAUCACCAAGCUGUUUGAUCACCCACGCUAUGAUCCACCUUUUCGGCGAGGGGGCAAGUACUUCUACUCCCAUAACACCGGGCUUCAAGCUCAAAACGUGCUCUAUGUGCAGGAUAGUUUAGAUGGAGAACCGGAGGUUUUGCUUGAUCCUAAUACGCUUAGUGAAGAUGGGACAGUAGCUUUGAGUACAUAUUCAGUAAGUGAGGAUGCCAAGUACUUGGCCUAUGCCCUUAGUACAAGUGGCAGUGAUUGGGUAACAAUUAAAGUGAUGCGCGUUGAGGAUAAGAAGGUGGAGCCAGAAACUUUAUCUUGGGUCAAGUUUUCUGGAAUUAGUUGGACACAUGAUAACAAAGGGUUUUUCUAUAGCCGCUAUCCAGCUCCAAAAGAAGGAGAGGACAUUGAUGCUGGCACAGAGACCAACGCAAAUCUUCAUCAUGAGUUAUACUACCAUUUUGUGGGUACGGAUCAAUCAAAAGACAUAUUAUGCUGGAAAGAUUCUGAAAAUCCCAAAUACUUGUUUGGAGCCAGUGUUACUGAUGAUGGGAAGUAUGCUCUUAUAUAUAUUGAUGAGGGUUGUGACCCAGUCAACAAAUUUUACUACUGCGACAUGUCUGCACUUCCUAAUGGGCUUGAAGGUCUGAGGGCGAAAAAUGAGCUGCUUCCGGUUGUUAAGCUUGUUGAUACAUUUGAGGCACAGUAUCAUGUGAUUGCAAAUGAUGACACUGUCUUUACUUUGCUGACAAAUAAAGAUGCUCCGAAAUAUAAGUUGGUCCGAGUUGAUCUGAAGGAACCAACUGUUUGGACUGACGUGAUUAAAGAAUCUGAAAAAGACGUACUUGAAUCGGCAUCUGCUGUAAAUGGUACCCAAAUGAUUGUUAGUUACUUGAGUGAUGUGAAGUAUGUUCUACAGAUCAGGGAUUUGAAAUCGGGUAGCUUGGUGCAUCAAUUGCCUAUUGACAUUGGCUCAGUUACUGGAAUUUCUGCAAGACGUGAAGAUAGUACAAUUUUUUUUGGCUUUACAAGCUUUGUUACACCGGGAGUAAUAUAUCAGUGUAAUUUAGACAAUGAAGUUCCAGAUAUGAAGGUAUUUCGCGAAAUUACAGUUCCUGGGUUUGAGCGCUCAGACUUCCAUGUUGAUCAGGUAUUCAUACCCAGUAAGGAUGGCACUCAGAUACCUAUAUUUGUUGUGGCCAGAAAGAACAUUAUUUUGGAUGGAUCACACCCUUGUUUGUUAUACGGAUAUGGUGGAUUUAACAUUAGUCUUACGCCAUCAUUCAGCGUUAGUCGCAUGGUACUUACAAGACAUUUAGGUGUUGUUUACUGCCUAGCAAAUAUCCGUGGGGGUGGAGAGUAUGGAGAGGAAUGGCAUAAGGCAGGAUCCCUAUCAAAAAAGCAAAAUUGCUUUGAUGACUUCAUUUCUGCUGGUGAAUACCUUGUAUCUGCUGGUUACACCCAACCUAGCAAGUUGUGCAUAGAAGGUGGAAGUAAUGGGGGGCUUCUUAUCGGGGCUUGCAUAAAUCAGAGGCCUGAUCUUUUUGGUUGUGCACUUGCUCAUGUUGGUGUAAUGGACAUGCUGAGGUUCCACAAGUUUACCAUAGGUCAUGCAUGGACUUCUGAUUAUGGAUGUUCUGACAAGGAGGAAGAAUUCCAUUGGCUAAUUAAGUACUCGCCUCUACACAACGUCAGGAGACCAUGGGAACAACAUCCAAACCAAUGUCAGCAGUACCCACCUACCAUGCUAUUGACUGCAGAUCAUGAUGACCGAGUUGUCCCAUUACACUCAUUGAAGUUAUUGGCGACAUUGCAAUAUGUGUUAAUUACAAGUUUGGAGAAAAGUCCACAGAUCAAUCCAAUUAUUGGACGCAUUGAAUGCAAGGCAGGGCAUGGAGCUGGACGUCCGACACAGAAAAUGAUUGAUGAAGCUGCUGACCGGUUUAGUUUCAUGGCUAAGAUGUUGGGUGCAUCAUGGAUAGAAUAAAGAGGUGGAGUAUAUGGAUAUGGUCAAUUUUCAUGGUUAUUAACUUAAUAUAAUGGGUUGGGUAACCCGGCAGUCCAAGGUAUCCUGGUUAGCUCAGUCCUCAGUGCAGGCCAUUUUUUGCUUUAUAGCUGGGCACAGUUUGCGAGCCUUUUAUUCUCUCUUUUUUUUUUGGUACAAUGGGACAUUUUGCAAGCCCCUUGUGGCUGCCUUUUUCCUUUUUUCCUCCAGUUUUGUUAAAUUAUAAGUGUUAAGUUUGUACUAAAAAAAAAUAUAUAUAUAAGUGUUAAACUGA